AUGGCCGACGUAGAAGAGCCGCGUUUCAACUCGCUGGCAGAGCGCAUUGCUGCUCUCAAUGCCCAGAAGAACUUUCAGGCGCCCCCUUCGACAGCAGGGAAGCGACCCCCACCCCCGCCACCUCCAGUGAGGGCUGCCACCAUCACCACCACCACCACCACGACACCAUCACCAUCACCACAACAGCCCCAGAAUGAGACGGCUCCGGUGAUGCCACCCCGUCCAGUGAGGGCCUCAACGGAGAAACUCCCACCACUUCCUCGUCGGACCACCACCGACAUUGAGAAGGGAGAUCGACCCGCACCGGGCCCGGGACUGGGACGGGUGCUCCCGCCUCCAUUGCCUUCACGGGAUUCUUCUUCGGCCAAGGGAACACCGCCGGCUCUCCCCUCUCGCCGGCCAUCAUCAAAUCUCACUCUUCCUACCCCUGGAGGCCGGAGGAAUUCCAACUCGUCAGACAUCUCAUACAUAUCUACCAUGUCUAGUUUGUCACUGAACCAAGAUGGGCCGACUCCAAGAAGAGGGCUUCCGCCCCCAUUAGAGCAGGCAAAGCUCCCUCCUUUACCACCAACUCGUCGUGAGCUUGAGGCCAAGGCGAAAGAAGAGGCCGCAAAUACCCCUCCUCUCCCUCGUCGUGUGACAGAGCCACCACCUCAAACCAUGCCAGAGCUUCCCAGUGGCAGGCCCUCAUUGCCCCCUCGGCUCCCAUCCAGGCCAGCAAAGUCACCCCUGAUGAACGCAACCGAGGCCCCAUCUCCCUCUCUCCCAGCUAGACGCCUCCCACCCCCUCCAUCAAGCUACAAAAACCCCAAAUCCGCCCUGGAACUAGGUUUCAACAACAAACCCAGACCAGCCGACGAUGUCCCACCCCCUAUUCCACUCGCUUCCCGCCCAAGCAUCUCCCAAAUAGAAGCCGUCCGCUCCGCCUCAACCCCCUCCCCAGCAGCAGCAGCAGCAGCAGCAGCAGCAGCAGCAGCAGCAGCAUCAUCAUCAUCAUCAUCAUCAUCAUCACCCCCUUCCUGCCUCGUCUGCCGUGACUUCUCCGGCCCUGACACGGUCGCCGCCCAGUACCCCUACACCUCCCUCCCCAGGCAGGACCCCAUCUCCUACCUAGCCCACCACCUCUGCUCCCCUUUCCCCUCGCCCACCGACAAAGCCCGCGCAAUCUUCACCUGGUGCCACCACAACAUCUCGCCUACGACGUCC